GGUAUGUGGCAAUAAUAGCGUUCACGGAAGAAGAUACGCCUUGAGAGUGUUUUCGCUUCAAUUUCACAUUUGAGACUGGUUAGUUGAAGACAGGUUGUGCUAGCUGGAGUGAACAGACACCGAAGGAAAAACAAACAUGAGUUAUCCCCCUUAUGGACCACCCGGCGGUUACCCUCCAGCAGGUGGAGCCUACCCCCAUGGUCAGGGUGGUUACCCUCCGGCAGGGGGCAUGCCAGGUGCCCCUUCCUACCCUGCAGCCCCAGGUGGUUACCCAGGUGCACAGGUGAGUAUGCCCACACCUGACUCAGCUUCAGCAGCAGCAUAUGGUUCCGCCCCAGGAGGACUACCCUACGCCCCACAGCCAGGCGCUCCUGGUGGGCUUGGAUUUGGUGGCCCAAUGCAAGGUGGCCCACCCCAGGUAGCGAUGCCAUCAGGCCCCAGUGCCGGUCAGCCAACAUACCAAAUGCCAGGACAGCCAGGAGGGUAUCCUCCCCAGGCCUACAAUGCCCCCCCACAACCAGGCUAUGGACAACCCCCAGCGGGUGGCUACCCAGGCCAGGCCCCAGGAGGAUUUCCAGGUCAGGCCCCACAGCCAGGGUAUGGUCAGCCUCCUCAGGCUGGGGGCUAUCCUGGUCAAGCCCCUCAGGCAGGAUAUGGUCAACCGCCCCAGGCAGGGUAUGGUCAGGCCCCCCAGGCAGGUUAUGGUCAGCCAGCAGGGUAUGGGUCAGCCCCAGCUCCAGCAGGGUAUCCAGGGUCAGCUCCAGGAGGCCAGCAGCCACCAGCAGCAGCUUAUGGAGGCUAUGGAAAUCCAGGAGCUGCAUCUUCAGUAUAUAAAGUUAAGGAAAAUGGAACACUGAGACCAGCUGCUAACUUCAAUGCUGAGACAGACAGCCAGAAACUGAGGAAGGCCAUGAAGGGACUUGGUACUGAUGAGAAGGCUAUUAUUGAUAUUCUGGGGUAUCGCAGCACAGACCAAAGACAGCAAAUCAAACUGAUGUACAAGACUUGCUUCGGCAGGGAUCUGCUUCAAGACCUGAAGAGUGAGCUGAGUGGCCAUUUCGAGGACGCCUGCAUCGCUCUGUUGUACACACGAGAAGAGUAUGACGCCUACGAACUGAGGAGAGCCAUGAGGGGAGCUGGCACUGAUGAAGCAGCUCUGAUAGAAAUUCUGUGUACCAGGAACAACAAACAGAUUCUGGCCAUGGUUGCUGCUUACAAAGCCAUGUAUGGCCGAAAGCUGGAACAGGAUAUCGUCAGUGAAACAUCAGGACAUUUCAAGAAGCUUCUCGUCUCCAUGACAACCGGCGGCCGGAUGGAGAACCAGCCUGUAGACCAGGCUAAGGCCCAGCAGGAUGCCAAGGCACUGUAUGAGGCAGGCCAGAAGAGAUGGGGAACUGAUGAGAACACAUUCAACCGUAUCCUGGCAGCACAGAGCUAUGAGCAGUUGCGAGCAGUGUUUGAAGCCUACAGUCGAAUUGUCAACCAGGACAUCGAGAAGGCGAUCGUAUCAGAGAUGUCGGGGGAUCUGGAGAGAAGCAUGCUCACGAUUGUGAAGGUCGUGAGAAACAAGGCGGCCUAUUUUUCAGACCGACUCUACUAUUCUAUGAAGGGUGCAGGAACUGAUGAUCGUACACUGGUUCGAGUUGUUGUCACGCGGGCUGAAGUGGACAUGGUUCAGAUCAAGGAGGAAUUUGCAAAACGCUUUGGGAAGACUCUGGAGAGUUUCAUCAGGGAUGACACAUCAGGCGACUAUAGAAGAAUUUUGAUGGCGCUCGUUGGAGCCUCACGAUAAGCCUACAACACUUCCUUGAUUUAGCUACAUGCUUCGGAUCUAACACUCUUGCUCAAAUACUGACCAAAUGUUUUGUUUUGUUCACCUCUGGGUGGCACACAUUGUGAUUUAUCUCUGUUAUGACAAAGAGAUCAUUCAUACUAAUCACCUUCAUUUGAUUACUGGGUUUUCAAUAUGAUGAUGGAAAACACACUUUUAUCUUUUUGUCUUGUGAAAUCAUGUUAAUACUGGCACAUGAUUUUUGUUAUCACAAAUGGGAAUGAACCAAGCAUUGCAUCUUUUGUUUGUGUGUUACAUAUAAUAUUCUAGUUUAGGUUAUAGCUGUUGUCAGUAUUGUUUAUGAACAUGAUCAAGAGACAGUUCUUGGUAAAGCUGAGAGAUGCUUUGUCUGGGAAUAGACAUGUUUAUUCAGUUUUGUUGAUGAAUUCUUUAAAGGAAUGUAAGCAUUUUAUGUAAUCCUUCCAAUUCUUCCUCAAUGCCAACUGUUUUCUCUACCUCCAUCCAUCGGUGUCGACACACACAAAAAAACAACCACGCCUCCCUCCCCUUCCACCCACACCCGCCUUCGUCACCACCUCAAUCCACUCUCAUCUAUUGCUCCUCAAAACCCAACCCCCCUUCCCCACAACCUCUCAUCUCUUCCCCUCAACCUCCCCCUCCCUCCUCCCACCCACACCCUCCUUAGACACCACCUCAGUCCACUCUCAUCUCAACCCCAACCCCCACCCCCUUCCGACCUCACCCACACCCUCCCUCACCACCACCUCAGUCCACUCUCAUCUAUUCCCCUCAACCUCCCCCAUGCACCCACACCCUACUUCUCGUCCACCUCAGUCCACUCUCAUCUAUUCCCUCAACCCCAACCCUCUCCUUCCACCUUCACCCUCCUUCAUCACCACCUCCUCAGUCCACUCUCAUGUAUUCCCUCAAUCCACCUUCACCACCUCCAGCUCUACCUCCUUCAUCACCACCUCAGUCCACUCUCAUGUAUUCCCUCAAUCCACCCACACCCCCUACUUUGUCACCACCUCAGUCCACUCUCAUCUAUUCCCUCAACCCAACCCCUCCCCUUCCACCUUCACCCUCCUUCAUCACCACCUCAGUCCACUCUCAUGUAUUCCCCUCAAUCCACCCCACCCUACUUCAUUCCCCUCAGCCACCACCUCAGUCCACUCUCAUCUAUUCCCCUCAACUCCACCCCCUCUCCCCAUCCACCCACACCCACACCCUCCUUCAUCACCACCUCAGUCCACUUUCACCUAUUCCCCUCAACCACCCUCCCCUCUCACAACACGGGUAGACACUGCAUGUCAUAUCCAACUAAUUUACAGUUCAUUUUGGACAAGUUGUCAAGUAAAAAACUAUAUUUAGUGAAAAAGAACUACAGACUCGUGACCAUGUCUGUUCCGGUGACACCAUGCUCUGUUCUCUGUACAAUAAAAUCAAAUAUAUUACCGAAGUCUAUGUAUGUGUGGCGGCAAGCGUCAUUUGUUAUGUCUCAUUAUAUCCAAUCACUGUCAUGUACUGUUAACCAUUGCAUAUGUCUGGAACUAAUGGAAAAUUAAUAUCAGAAGCUGAAAUUGUUUCAUACUCUUUUCAUCCACGCACACUAUACACAGAAUUGCUUGAUAGAACACUGUAUACCAUUUUAUGACAAAGCAUUUAAAUAAUGGAAAAAAAAUCAGAGAAUAUAUGCAAGCACAGAGUUUGUUGUGAUAUGCUCCUACAGAAGCAAAUGUCUCUAUUUCUAAUAACAGUAAAGAAUGUGGUUGUAACAAAAUCAUGAUUGUCAUUUUUGGUUAAAUAAGACAAACCUGCUUUCUGUUUAUCAUUGGUGGCAUGUUUUUUUACGAUUUUAUAACAGAAGAAUAUAAAUACAUUUAUAUACUACUCAAAAGACGUUAGAGAUCUGUGGAUUCUUUCAUAUUAUUGUAGUUAAUUGAGUAGUAUAUUUGAAAAUAUGAAAUCCAUGUCCAACUUACUAACAUGUCACAGUUGCCCUCUUAUCCAGUCUCGCCCUUCUGACCUUACUACACUGAUAAUACCUUGAUAGAACCACAAGAUGUUCAUGAUAGGAUUUGUUCAAUUUGCUAUCUUAAAUUUGACUGCUCGGUUUUGCUUUGUGUUGUGUCAUGUUGUGUUCUGUUGUGUUCUGAAGCUCCCUUGCCCACACUCUAACCUGGCAGCAUGCCAUCACAGUCAUCAUGAUCAGGAGCCUGUUCUCGCAGUUUGUCUCAAGUUUGUUACUGAUGGUUUGAGAGAUGGAGAUUCUGCUACUAACGACUUGUCGUUUCAGCAAUGUACCCAUGAUGAAUACACAAUGCCAUUAUAGAAAGUGGUCAGAUGUAACCUGUUAUAUUUGGGAUUACACUUUCUCAGUAAAGUACAUAGUACUUUUGUUGGGUUGAUUCCCAUCCAGGAUUCAAACCCUCACUCUCAGGCACCUAAUUGUUAAUACCGUACACAAAGUCAGCAAUCUAACCCACUCAGCCACCGUAGUCUUCCACAGACAUGGAAGUCUGACUCUGAGAGUGUGGGUUCGAAUCCCGGACCGGACUCAACCCAACAAAAGGACUUGAAUCUGUCCUUUACUGAGAAAGUGUAAUUCCAAAUAUAGCAAAUGUACCCACGAUGUGAGCUGUAGCUAUCUCUGUGUUUUGUCUUUCACCUAGGAUGACAUCUCGGGUGACUAUAGGAGGAUCAUGAUGGCUAUGGUUGGCGGCGUCCCAUAAAGAAAUGUACGUCAGCAUCCUAUCCCACUGAAGGUCAUUUGCAUGCAUAUUUCAGCAGCUGUUUGGACUAUUGUAGUGGCAUUAGCAUUGACUCUUUCAGGGUAGAAUCACAUGCAUAUAUCUCAAAAUCUUGUCACUUUCAGCAGUACUGAAAUUCAGUGUAACACGUAAUCAAAAGUUUACCAAUAGACAAGGAUUGUCAGGUAAUUUCAUAGGAAUGUCUGGUGUUCUUCAUGUGAAGGAUAUAAACUAAUAACACUGUUAACAUACUAUUAACUUAAGUUAAAGGACACUGGAUGUUUUCAUUUGACUAUCAUUAUCUGUGAUGCCAUGAAAGAUAGGGCAUGAUAAUAUGAAAAAACAUUUUCUGUCCUCUUACUUAUAUUGAGUAGUAUCAAGUCAUUUUCAGAACUUUUUAUGUCACUGGUACAUUAUUGAAUAUGUUUAAACAGAAGUUAAACAUCUAUCUGGCAACAACUUUUGAAAAUGUGAUUUGCAUGCAUGGUUUCCCACUUAAGAGAUGUUUUUGUUAAAGUAAGAUUUAAGUCCCAAGCAACAAUGGUUUGGUGGGGCAAUGCUAAAGAACUUGGUCUAUUCUGAAUACUAGUAGUUAAAAUGAAGGUAUGAGUUAUAGUUAACAGUUCCAAAUCAAGACUUAUUUACUGGUAGUCCAAAGUGAAUCUCACUAAUGCCUGGCUAUUGUGCUUAUUACAUUUGAUAAUCUGCAGCUGGUGAAGAUAUUUUGUGGUUCACAAAUAAUUGCUGACACAGCAGAAAGCUUCUCUCGCUUUUAGUUUAGUUUUCACAGUCACUCUGUCUAAUUAUGCAAAGAUUAUUUGUUGGUUGGUUUACCCUGUAUAUUCUUGAUAAUAAUGAUUAUCAUCAUAGUUAUUAAUGACAUGCUGACUACAGUUGAAACUUUACCAAAAACAGUAUCUGCUGAUAUUUACGAUGUAAGUGCUGAUGGCGUGACCGUUUCAGCAUGUAUCCUGUGUCUGUCCAUUUACAAAUUCUGACAUUAUAUUCCUGUAUGCCUACUUUUUAAUCAGCGUUGCAGAAAUAAUUAUUAAUAUUUUGACACCAGUUUCGUUGAUAUUGCAAAAUGAGUGCAAGAACAUUCAAAUAUUCCUGUAAUCAAGAAUCUGAAAAAUUCUGGCUAUGCUAGGAUGACUACAAUUCUAGCAUAUCCAUAGUCUUUUGUGGAAUAUUUGGACAAUUUAUGUUGUUUAGUUGGGUGGGAACUCAGGCUGCUAACUAUAAUGGUUCCACAUUUUUCUGAGAGUGAAGUUACCAAAGCUUAUCUAAUGAAUUAGCUGGAAGUGUAAUUAUAUGUGUUUGUUUAAAUUUGUAUCCAUCAUAUGCAAAUUAUGUGUAUUUGUGAUUUGCCCCCUGAACAUUUUUAUCAAAUUUAUUUAUCCAUAAAUGUUUUCCAAUCAAGGUAUGAUCCAUUUGCAAUUGUUUGAUUGUAUAAAAUAUCGACAAAUAUAUAACAGUCCCUGACCUUCCUUAUGGAGAAUAUGUGUGUUACAUUCUACCGUUAUGAAAGUGCCUUCACUGCUCUUUGAAGUGAUAGAAGUGGUCCAUUUCACAUCAUGUACAUUUGGGAUCUUCAGAAUGGUAUGUCCUGUUAUCUCUAGAAGUUUGAAAUCUGGGUUGAGAAUGUAUUCACAAUAAUGAAUAAAUUGCUGUCCUGAGUGAUCUUAGGAUCACACAAUGUCACCGGUCUUGUAGAGGCUGUUACACAAGGUAUCUUAGCUGUAUGUCUAUCGUAAGUCCAUGUUUAAUAAAUAAUCCUUUGUCCCUGAUUGAGAGCUUAUAACAAACAAACUCACAGUUAUUUGGUGCAUCACUGCAGUGAGAUGUGGGUUAACACAGAUCUGACGUACUUUCUUUUACCUUUACCAUAUAUCUGGCCUUGCUGCCAUUUGUCUCUACUGUUUCAGCCAGUAUCAUUAUGCCAAAAUAUGCCACAGUGAAAUACCGUUCCUGUUCAACUAUAUCUUCAGCUAAACAUAAGGGCCCUGUCUGAAUAUUGACUUUGUCAGUAUCUGAAUGUUGUUUGUUUAUGUUGUCAAUCUUUACCUGUCACUUGAACCUUGUCAAUAUCAUGUUAAUUUCAAAUCUAUUUCAACAGGUAUCAUGUUUUUAUGGUACAACCCUGACACUUAAAGAUCUCAAUUCAAAUGUCAAUAUCUGUUUUGUUCAUUAUGCAAAUUGACACAUAAAUCAAAGGGGGUUUUUCCUUUGUAGAAAAAUGAUACCUUCUUGUUUCCCCACUGUUUUAUUUUGAUGGACUUGUAUGCCAGAUAACAUUUUUUUGUAUAAUCAAUAUAACUGCUUUACCAUAUCUUUCAUCUAAAACUACUUUGAAGAGACCAGCAUAUAACACAAGGGACUAUCAUGCUUCCUGACGUUGAGAUAGUAGAUUAAUACAUCAGGGAUAUAAUAAUGAAGUUGUGUUUUCAGCAGCGUACAGAGUCAUCCAUGUUAGAAUUGUGUAAUUGUUCUAGAGGGUUUGAAUAACUGUGUGCUCAUGAUCGUUUCAAGCUGUACCGUCCAGUGAUGUAUUGUGGUAUCAUGAAUUGGGAUUACACAUGGUCAGAACUCAGUGUGAGGCUUGCAUGCUUCUGUCUUCACACUGGCAAUAACUGGAAUGAAUACGACCAGGUGUGUUUGAGAAUGGUGAGUUGCUUGUUCAGCUGAAAAUUACAAACUUUUCCAAAAUGAUAUUUUUCGACUAAUGUAUUUGUAUUUCUGUAAAUUAUUAGUUUAUAAAACUGUCAGUAUUUGACAUGAAAUGAUUUUCUACUCCUGAAAUAUGAUCCCUUUGAAGGCAAUCUAUUUUCUGUCACGUCAGUGUAUCCUUAUAUCUGUCACGCAAUAUUACAACACGAAUUUGUGUAUUAUUUAUUAUCCUAAUUUUAAACAAGAACAAAAUAUGUAUUAAAUGACAAUUUACACAUGAGAUGUGAUCCAUCGGACCUUGUCAUAAGACACUUCAUGUCGUACUAAUGCGCGUUAGGUAAUUAUCAAGUCAUAUAAACUACUUGUCAAUUUCAAUUUUAAGUUGUUGAUAGCCUGUCACUCACCCUAUAGUGUAGUCAGUUUCUGUCUAUGUUUUAGCCACCUUUAUUAUGAAUCUUUAUCUAAAGGAGUGAUUUUCUGUUAAGAGUACAUAUUGACUUCCAUGUUGAAAACGUUUGUUAUUAAUCUAUCUCUAUCAUUACUUGUCUGUUAGAAUUUGUAAUUUAUUAUUAAUCUUGGAAAUAAAACUGUAUACACCUUCA